AUGAAGGCUGGAAGCGGUCCUUGGGUCGACUACUGUGUUGAGCGGUGCAGCCUCUGGGGGUCUGAUUAUGGAUCAGCCUUUUGCGGCCCUGAUGUUAUGACUGACAGCGAUUCCUUGAUUAGCUGUGUCGUUAAGAUGGAAAACGGUGCCUGUAACGGAGGCAAUGUUCCGGGUAACGAUACAACCCCUGCUCCUGUCCCUACCGCUCCUGCACCCACGGCUCCUGCAACUACGGCUCCUACUCCUGCUCCGGUCACUACGCCUCGUCCUACGGCUCCUACUCCUGUUCCUACUCCAGCUACUGUUCCUACUCCUGCCCCCACGGUUCCUACUCCUGCUCCUACGGUUCCUACUCCUGCUCCUACGGUUCCUACCACGCCUGCCCCUACCACUGCUCCCGCUCCAACUCCGGCAAAGACCACCACUCCUUCAACUCCGAACACAGGCGGAAGCGCAACUGGAAUUGAUAUGGGCGCGAAUGACGCCCCGGAGGAACCGCUCAACGGUUUCACGGGUCCGAAUGGCGAGUGCAUGUUCUCUUGGUCUCCGACUGCUUCAUACAACCAGGGUGCUUAUGCUGGUGUGGGAACCAAGGUGUACCAGGCUGCGUACUGGGCUGACCCCGGCCUCAUGCCGCCCGCUGAACCCUGGAAGGAAGUUGGCACGUGCACGGGUGAACCUCCCAAGGCGUGGACUUUAGAGGAAAUGGUGGCCGCUGCUGAUCCCAAUGUGCCUACGAUUUUCUAUGACCCCUGGACUCCAGCAUUCCCGACUAAGAGUGAGAUGCGGGCGAAAGAGGCCGCCUUGGACAGCGAUCCUAGCGCGUCUAUCCUGCGUCAAGCCGUGCGUGUCCUCCCCACUGAUCAGGUUGAGAAGAUUGCGCCUGGCAGUGCAGGAAAUCCUGAGAACGUUAAGAGGGUUGAGACAUUCAUUAGCCAGGACGCCUUCGACCAGAUUUUCCCUCUGCGUCACAAGUCCUACAGCUACGAAAACUACCUCAAAGCCGUUGGAGCUUUCCCCGACUACUGCAAGACUUAUAACGACGGACGCGACUCGGACACCAUUUGCAAGAAGCUCGUGGCUGCCUCUUUCGCACACUACUCACAGGAAACGGGCGCCAAUGCUCCCGCGUGGACCAUCGCACAGCCAGAACUUCCUGAAGACAACAAGAACCCCGGUGCAGCCAAGUUCUACGACCCUAACACGCCCAUCCCUACUUAUCUCCAAGGUCUUUACUGGGUUAGAGAGACGGCCUUCCAGACCAUGGCAGACCCGGAGUCGGCAACGGAGUCGGCCUACGAGGCGUGCAGCCCUGUGGAGAACCAACCUUGGAGCUUGUUCGCACCUUGCAAUGACAGCGUUACCUACUACGGCCGCGGCUCGAAGCAGUUGUCAUGGAACUACAAUUACGGCUGGUUCUCCCGCACGAUGUACGGCGACAGCACGGUCUUGCUGAACGAGCCCGGUCUCGUUGCUGAUACUUGGCUGAACUUCGCCUCCGGCAUCUGGUUCGCGGUCACUCCGCAGUCCCCUAAGCCACCGAUGACAUGGGCCCUUGAUGGCACUUGGACUGGUAGCUCUGUGGACCAGGCCGCUGGACUGGUACCCGGUUUCGGAGCCACCAUCGAGAUCAUCAAUGGCGGUUAUGAAUGCCGCGGUGCCUCCAGCUCCCAACAAGCCACAAACCGUAUCACCAGCUACAAGGCGUUCAUGAAACUCUUCGGACUACCCGUCCCUGAUGACUCCUCCAACGACUGCGUUGGCUCCUCCGGCUUCCCCGCUAACUCGCCUGCCGCAACUAAACUGUACUGGAACCGUUCUGUGUCCGGCACUGACUGCGAACCCGGCACGAUCCAGACACCCUUCUGGAUCACCUACGACGGAGACUAUGGCCGCUGUGUCGACUUCUACUUCAGAUCUCAUGUCAUCUACCAGGGCAAGGAGAUCGUGACCAACGGUGAUACCGUCUGGUAG